AAAGCUCAUUAUUAAAAAAAAAAAACAAAUUAAAAAAACACCUGUCUCUUGUCUAGUUUAGGGGUUAGAAUUUUAUUUAUUAUUUCAAAAAAUCAAAAAUUGAAUUUUAAUAUUUAUUAUUAUUAUAAAAUGUGACGAUUUCCUAAUUACUGCACUAUUAGAAAAAUGGAUUCCAAGUACACUUCAGUGGGCAGGGAAAAAGAACAUAGAAUUACAUACGAUCUAAAAGUUAAAAGAAAAAAAUUGAGCGUUGAAAGUAACUCGAAAAAUAUUAAAGAAGUGGAGCAAAACCUCUGUUUUAAUGGCCUUUGUCAAGACAGUAACAAUAAAAUAAAUAAUAGUUUGCCAAAUGAUGUUUCUGAAGAUUUGCAAGAAGCAAGAAAAACACUGCCUGUAUAUCAAGUUCGAUUUAGACUCUUAGAAGAGAUAAGAAAACACAACACAAUGAUAUUGAUUGGUGAAACAGGAAGUGGUAAAACCACACAAAUACCACAAAUAAUACAUGAACAUAGACUAGAGGGCAAAGGCUGCAUAGCUGUGACCCAACCUCGCAGAGUUGCAGCUAUCACUCUGGCUAUGCGUGUUGCAGCUGAGACCAACAGUGAGAUAGGGUCAAUUGUAGGAUACACAGUCAGAUUUGAAGAUGUGACUAGUUCACACACAAAAGUUAAAUACCUGACAGAUGGAAUGUUACUUAGAGAGGCAAUGACUGACCCUUUGCUCAAGAAAUAUUCUGUUAUUAUAUUGGACGAGGCUCAUGAGCGAACAGUGAAUACUGAUGUUCUGUUUGGCAUUGUUAAACUUGCACAAAAAGAAAGGGAUGAACAUAAAGUAAAUACUCUAAAGGUCAUUGUAAUGUCAGCAACAAUGGACGUGGAUGCAUUUAGAAAGUAUUACAACAAUUGUCCUGUUAUAUACUUGGAAGGGCGAACACAUCCGGUCACCAUCUAUCACUCAAAGACUAAACACGAGGAUUACCAGUAUGCUGCUGUGUGCACUAUAUUUCAGUUGCACGCAACCACUCCAGCAGACCAGGAUUUCCUUGUAUUCCUGACUGGUCAGGAAGAGAUUGAGACUGUCAUGAGUAAUAUAAAACAAAUAGCAAAAGAAGCUAAAGGUCCUCAAAUCAGAGUGUGCCCCCUAUACGCUGGGUUGCCAGCUGUUAAACAACUUCAAGUUUGGAAGAAAACACCGCCAGGAAUGAGAAAAAUUGUACUGGCCACGAAUAUAGCAGAAGCAUCUGUCACAAUUCCACAGAUAAAAUAUGUCAUAGACACUGGUGUUGUAAAAGAGAGGACAUGGUGUACAUCAACGGGCGCCGAGCGGCUCGUAGUGCGGGCGUGCUCGCAGGCAGCGGGCUGGCAGCGCGCGGGGCGGGCGGGGCGCACCACCGCCGGCGCCGCCUACCGCCUCUACACCGCCGCCGACUUCGCCGCCAGGCAGCAGCACAACACGCCUGAGAUUGUCAGAUGUCCAUUAUCUUCAACGAUGCUAAUGCUGAUUGCCACGGGAAUGGAUCCUAGUACGUUUCCGUUAUUGGAUUCACCGCCGAGAGAUUCAAUACAAGCGGCUUUAAUACUUUUGAAAGAAAUAGGUGCCAUAGACAAUGAGAAUAAUCCAAAACUGACUGUACUUGGGAAGAAAAUGACGGCUUUUCCCAUUGAUCCCAAGUAUUCAAAAAUACUUUUGUGCGCCCCAGAACACAACUGUUUAGAGGAGGCAUUGAGUUUGGUCGCAGUAAUGUCCAGCGAAAAUGUGUUUCACACGCCAUUACACAAGAGGGAAGAAGCUUUGAAAGUAAAACAAAAAUUUAUAUCGCCCCUCGGCGAUCAUAUCACGCUUUUGAACGUGUAUAAAGCGUUCUGUAAAGCCCCUUUAAAAAAGCAAUGGUGUCGGGAAAACUAUUUAAAUCACAAGAACUUGUCAUACGCCUCUGAGAUAAGACAGCAAUUGCUUGGCGUCUGUCAGCGGUUGAACAUGACUGUUAGUAGCUGUGGUACUGCUUUAGAUCAGUUACUUAAGUGCCUUCUAAGUGGACUUUUUACGAACUGCGCGUGGGCGCGUGCUGGCGCAGGCGGUGGAGGUCGUUACGUCACUAGCGCGGGCGUGGCGGCCAUGUUGCAUCCGUCGGGAGUCCUCCACGCCGUCCGGCCCGCGCCGCCUGCGGUGCUCUACACAGAACUGCUCCACACCAAGCGAUCGUACCUCGUCACAGUGUCGGCGAUACAGCCGCAGUGGCUGCACCAAGUCGCGCCCGAGUACGCGCGGCGGUGUCGCGCCAACCGGUGACACUCGCACUCCGAUCUACACGGAUCGAUUGAGAAAUAUAAAAUGGCGUCGUGUUUGUUGUAUUUGAAAAUUACGUUCACUCCAUACUAAAUAUUGUGUGUAGGAUGAAUAAUAUAUGUUUUAUAUAUUAUAAAAAAAAAUUAUGAAAGCUUUGUACAGGCGCUGGUGGUAAUGACGUAAUGACGUCACUAGCGCCAGCGUGGCGGCCAUGUUGCAUCUGUCAGGAGUAUUCUACAUCGUCUAGCCCGCUCCACCCGCAGUCCUCUACACAGAAUUGCUCCACACCAAGCGAUCGUACCUCGUCACAGUGUCGGUGAUACAGCCGCAGUGGCUGCACCAAGUCGCGCCGGAGAACGCGCGGCGGUGUCGCGCCAACCGGUGACACUCGCACUCCGAUCUACACGGAUCGAUUGAGAAAUAUAAAAUGGCGUCGUGUUUAUUGUUAUGUAUUUGAAAAUUACUUUCACUUCAUACUAAAUAUACUAAAAUAUAUUGUGUGUAGGACGAAUAAUCUAUGUUAUAUAUAUUAUGAAUAAUUAUAUAAAAACCCUGUACUGGCGCUGGUGCUCAUUACGUCACUAGCCCGGGUGUGGCGGCCAUGUUGCAUCUGUCAGGAGUAUUCCACAUCGUCCAUCCCGCUCCACCUGCGGUGCUCUACACAGAACUCCUCCACACCAAGCGAUCGUACCUCGUCACAGUGUCGGCGAUACAGCCGCAGUGGCUGCACCAAGUCGCGCCGGAGUACGCGCGGCGGUGUCGCGCCAACCGGUGACACUCGCACUCCGAUCUAUACGGAUCGAUUGAGAAAUAUAAAAUGGCAUCGUGUUUAUUGUAUUUGAAAAUUACUUUCACUCCAUACUAAAGAUGUGGAUAAGACGAAUAAUAUAUGUUUUAGAUAUUAUGAAAAAAAUAUAUAAAAGCUUUGUACAGGCGCUGGUGGUUAUUACGUCACUAGCGCUGGCAUAGCAGCUAUGUUGCCUCAAAAAAAUUGUAAAAUUAGUUAACCCAAUACCUACUUUGUUAGACUUUAUUUUGUAAAUAUCUAAGUAUUGAAGAUAAUGUGAUGAUAGCUUUUCUGUAUGUGCGUUAAUGUUGCGAAGAUAUGCGUAGAGUUACUAGAAUAUUGCUUUGUUUUGUCUCGUUAUCUUGUAAUCUGUUAUAAACUUGGGCCAAGUAUGUACUUCUAAAUAUUUUAACAAUAAAAAAAAAUAAUUUUUAACCAAUGAUAUAAAUGGAAAUUAUUAUGUAUAUUUACAUAAUUAAAUAAAUAAAACAUAAGUACAGUAAUGAAAUGUAUAAUUUAUAGUAUGAUUUAAAAAAUACUCUAUUGUCAUUGUUCUUCACUUCUCUUCUAUAUAAUAAAAUUGAAAUUUAUAUUUUCCUAUUGUUAAGGACAAUGGCCAUUGGCUAUACCUACACGUACUUACAACGUCGGGUUACUAGCUGACAAUCGGCUUUGAGGUGCCAGGUAAUAGUACAUUAUAAGUGCGGUAAGUUGAAAAAUUACAGCCGAGGCGAUAUUGUAGCUCGAGCUAAAGGCGAGAGCUAAAGUAAGGAAGCAGAGGCUGUAAUUAUCAAAGCGCACGUAUGUCUUACGACGUUUUAUAACACAUUUGCGAGAAAACACACUUUGAAAAUUAAUUUGCACCUUUGCCUGUUUUCCAGGUGACAUUUUAAUACGCUUGUCAUUUUUGCACAGAUAACGCGCACACCAGCGGUUGUUUAUUUUUAAACAAACGCACCAAAAACAGCAAUUAUUACUAAUAAAGUAAAUUAAUAUUUUUGUGUUUCUGAUACAGAUAAAUGUUUGUCAUUUAUUGUCAAAAUUAUAAAAUUAAAGAAUUAAAUGUUUCUUUAUUAUAUUUUAUCUCACAGAGUUAAUUUUAUUCAUGUUGAGCACUUUUUUGACAUAAAAACUGUUUGCCAACAUUUAAAAAAGAACCAUUCGUUAUUAGACGGAUGCUAAAGGUUUUUUAUUACAAUAUGGCACAUAUGCAUUUUACUUUACAUUACGGCACAUGUGCGUAAUGCGAUACAUUAAGAUAUUAAAAUUGGUGAAAUAAGCGAUACUUUACGAGCAAAUGUGUUAUAAAUUUUUUUAUAGGCCUAUAUAUUUUAUUUUGUUGUCCGCAGUUAGCUUGGACGGAUAUUAUACUGUUAAGGUACUUAAAGCUUGCAGCACUGUUUAUUAAAACACAUUGUGGAUUAUAGAUACUUUAAUUGUCAUUAUUGUUUGGUUUAAUAAUUUUAAGUUACAUAAGUAGGUACCUUAAUGUAAUGUUUAUUAUUGUUGGUUGAGUUGUGAUAUAAAUAAAUAAAUGUCUGUUAGCUAAGUUAUAAACCGUUUCGUAAAAAAAGGUAAUUCAGUUUGAACAAACUUCACAGCUUACGUUAUUAUUUUAUCAGAUGAAAUUGCAAAAGUCUUGUCUGUAUUUUUUUUUUUUUUUUAUUGAGAAAGAAUACAAUAGGGAACUUAAGCUAACUUAUCCUAAUAACUAUACAAAUCAUGCCCACGUGGAAUGGUGGCAAGAAUACUGGCUGCAUUUCCGCGCUGGACAGCCAGGCUGAUCCUUUGCGCAAAAAAUGAGCCAGCCCUUCUGUCACCAGUCGAGGCAACAAGCCGCGGUGAAAUAGUACGGAAAAAUUUUUUGGCACUGCGACUCCAUGGCCCAAGGGUCUCCACGGCAAAAGGUACAAAUAUGUAACUCUCUGUCAGAGAGGCAUACUUGUCUGUAUAUAGAUAUCUACUUAAUAAUAAUAAAGUAAGUAUACCUACCUAGAUAUUAAAUUAAAAUAAGUAUAGGUACCUAACUUCGACAAGUAUAAUAAUUGUAUAUGUAAAUUGUAAAUGUCAAUAUUACAGUUAAAUAUUUAGGUCGUUUGUGUUUUAUUGUUGACAAAAAUAAUGUGAAGAAUAUAUUUGUUUUAAAUAUUUAAUAUAAGCUUAUAUAUAUUACUUUGUAGAAGUUCUUGACCGGCAACCAAUAUUUUAUUUUCGAUAUCUUCCGCCCACGAAAUACCUCUGAACGCACUUUUUACUCUGGUAUCGGAUAAAGCGAGUAUUGAUUAAAAUUCAUCAUCAUCACCUAUUUAAUGGCCACUGAUCCUACAGGGGCUAGGCGUCAGCGUCAUAGAAGAGGGGAUAUUAUGGACUCACUCGGCUCCUAUGGGGGUUUAUGAGCUUAAGGUGAUUUCGCUUUCUAAUGGUCACUAUGUCAAAUGGAAAUGCUACUAUAUCAAUAGUGCAUUAUUUAGUAUUUUGCGAAAAAAUACAAAGUUGUACCUAUAACUUGGCGAAUUCAUUCGUAACACUCCCUAUGGUCCGGGAGGGCGCACGACUUCACACCCGCGCAGACCUUCCCCCCGUCGCCCGCAUAUAAUGGGAGUGCCAUCAACGAAUUGCCAAGAUAUACCCACAGAACAUAGAACUAACGCUUUAGCAAUAGAAGGACCGAGGGGGCGUGGCCCGCGUAUCCUCAUAUAUGAAGACGUACGCUUAUGUGUUUGUAUUAUAUUAUGUGAUAAGUGUAUAUUCUAUACGAGCAGAUGUUAAGUUGUAUACAACUGUAUUCAUUGAUGUAUAUUACGAGUACCUCUAUGAAUGUGUUACCUAAAUAAAAACAUUUUAAUAUUA